AUGCGUAGACCACUUGGCACCAAUGUCAGCAUCAGCCCAGUUGUUUGGCCAGGCAUCCACUCUUACCUGGACGACAAGCUUCGCUUCACAGGUUGCCCCCCGGGCACGGGCAUUUCACCUGGCUCAACGCUGCUUUCAGCUCGGCAUAAGCCUCUUAAAAGCAAAGAAGACCUGGCUCUAGUCCCCGUAAGCACCAAGCGCAUGUGGCUCCGAGUUACGGACCCCACUUCCUCCAAGCGGCGCUUAUGUGAAUCCAGCAGAGAAACCCUUGCCUUCUUUGCCCACUUGAGCUCCAGGGACUGGCGGCCCAGGCCACUUCGACCACCACCUACCAGUUCGGUGGAAUCGGCCGCAGAUGCUUUCGGCAAGGGCAACGACUGUGGCGUGGGAGGUUGGCUACUCCUCCCCAGCGGACGCCUGCUUUGGUUUGCUCACCGCUACACAGUCAAAGACUUCCUGGACUUAGGCCUACCCAUGCAAGCAGAUGCCAACCUAGACAUCUCCAGCUACGAGACAUUGGCACAGUGCUUUGUGCUUUUGGCUUUUUGGAAAGCCCAUAGUUCCGGUCGCUUGGCUUUGACAGUGCUUUCAAUGUGGAGCUCGAUUACCGGUGUCACUUUGGACUGCAGCCAUAUAGCUGGCGAGAAGAACGACGACGCAGACCUGCUUUCUCGGUGGGAUGGCUCCGCGGAACUCCCUGCCAAGUUUCUGGCCUCGAACCGCAUCGAGCUCUCACUUUCUGAGUUCUGGCAGAUCCGCUUUCAAGUGACGCUUUUUCCCGCUGACACAUUUUUGAAAUGGCAGCUUCCGUCAGCUGACAGCUUGGGCCCGACAAACCGCGGUUCAAGGAAGCGCAAGUAG